AUGCCUCCCAACGCCAUUAUUGCACCCUCGAUUCUGUCGGCCGACUUUGGCCAGCUCGGCGCAGAAUGCGCCCGCACAAUGGACCAGGGCGCCGACUGGCUGCAUGUUGAUAUCAUGGAUGGCCAUUUCGUGCCCAACAUCACCUUCGGAGCGCCCGUCGUUGCAAAGAUCCGCUCUCACGUUGACAAGCCCACCGAGAACCACGGCCGAGGCACCUUUGACUGCCACAUGAUGAUCGCAGAGGUAGAAGCGCACAAUGCCGCCCCCAUCGACCCUCUUUGUCAUGAAAAUCCCAAGAAAUGGGUCAAGGAAUUCAAGAAGGCUGGCUGCGACCUGUACUGCUUCCACUAUGAGGCUGCCUUCUCCUCUGCCGCCGAGAGCCCCGAGCAAAACACCGACGAGAAGACAAGCCCCAAGGCGCUGAUCCGAUAUAUCCAUGACCAGGGCAUCCUGGCGGGAAUUGCUAUCAAGCCAGAUACGCCCGUGGAUGUGCUGUGGGAGAUUUUGGAAAACCCCGAGGAGAAGGAGAGACCAGAUAUGGUCCUGGUCAUGACAGUUCACCCCGGAUUCGGUGGUCAAAAGUUCAUGGCCUCCGAGCUGCCCAAGGUGCAAGAGCUACGGAAGAGGUAUCCCGAGUUGAAUAUCGAGGUCGACGGUGGACUCGGGCCCGGGACCAUCGACCAAGCUGCCGACGCUGGCGCCAAUGUCAUCGUGGCCGGCAGCGCCGUGUUUGGCGCAAAGGACCCGGCCGAAGUCAUCGCACUGCUCCGGAAGUCGGUGGACGAAAGGAGCCAGAAGCUAUGA